GGUGCUUCAAGAUCCCGAGUGGAUCUAUGGGCCAUCGAUGACCCGGCCCGUUCUUUCUCGAAACUGAUCGAUCGAGGGAGCGAGCGAGGGAGGAGCUCGGGCACAGCGAGGAGAAGACAUUUCGAUUUGAGGAGUCAUACUUUAGGGUUUAGGGGCAUCGAAUCCGAGGACAUUGGGCGCGCGAGGAAGCUCUGCAAAUUUCGUUGGAAAGCAGAAUUAGAUUGGUUGGAGCUGCACGCGGUUAAGGUGGACUUUGCAGAUUUGUCGAGGAUGGAAUGUGUAGUCAUUUGCAGGUGUUAGAAAUUUUGUGACAGAGUGUAGAAUUUUGCCAGGGCGUGGAAAUUCAUUCCGGGGUAGUGGGGCUGUGGGACGGUUUUGAACGGCAGAGGUCGUUGGAAGAAUUGAGUGGCGCUCGAGCGGAAGAUGGACGGGAAUGGACCGCAGGACGGACAGAGACACAUGAUGGAUCAGCAGCAACAGCAGCCCGGGGGUUGGUAUGGUGCUAACCAGCACAAUCCGUAUAUGGUGCCUCAAGCUUAUAAAUGGCCGUCUCAUGAUCCGUCUGUACAACAUUAUGCACAGCCUUCGGGUCAACCUUAUGGACAGCCUGACUAUUAUAUGCAACCCCAACAGUAUGGUCCCCCUCUGCACCAGGCUGAGGCCCAGCCUCAACAACCACAGCACCAAGGACAUAUGUAUGUUCAGCAAGAACAGGUGCGAGAUCGUUCAUACUUACAUAAUUUUGAAAGGUUCGAUGUAACUAAGGUGUUCUCACGUCUGCCGAUAGCUUGUCCACCCUUCCGUACGCUUUGCGGUAUAAUGACUAGUUCCAACUCUUUUCUGCGAUGUCACCAUAAUUUUGUCAAAAAUUCUGGGUUUUAUGUCAGAUAGUGCUAUGCAGUCUGUCAUGUUCAGUUUUAAGCUCCAAGAGAUGUAGAGCGCCCAGUCAUCUUCAUGGCAAGCGAAUUUGAAGAGGUCUGCGUCAGACCCGGAUAUUUUCUGAGCGGGAAUUAUAGCCCGGAGUAUGUUCGACGUGUUUUCAUCUUUGAGCCUGCCCAAUUUUGGACUGGACCAUCUGUGUGUGAUUUUCGCUCUUCGUGUCCUCAUUAUAUGUUCUGGGGAAGUUACGUCUGGAUUUGGCUUCCUGACAGGGAGCUUCUUCAUUGAAAGUCAUUCUUCACCCGUUGGAUGCGAUGGGGGGUUUUCCCUAACUUAUCUGAACAAUUCUCCAAGUCGAAUCUGCACAUGAUUAUUGUGUUCGCGUUGAACGGCGGAGAGCAGCAUACUGGAUGACUGAUUGCUCACACUGAGCCUGUGAGAAACUAUUGUGUCGUCUGCUGUGUUUUGCUCCAGUUAGCAUCUGCUCAAUCGGAUACUGGAAACGAUUAUCGGAAACCUUGAGAUCAGUAGUGGGCAGAAUUUCGCAGUUCACAUUACUGCUGUAGUCAAGACUAUAUAUAUGCGUCAGUUUUAAGUAAUAUAACCGUCGGAAUUCGAGAUCUGCCUCGUUCAUCACAUUACUUCGAUACCAAGUUUUCACUACAAAACUGAUUUCGGUGUAAUCUGAUGCACAAGGUACAGGUUUUGGCUCGUAUCACUUCGAGGUGUUUCCCGUAAAGCUACAGGACCUUGUAAUUGAGUGUUUUACCAAAAUUGCAGGAAACAAACUUUGAUUAGAUAUGCAAAGUAUAUCCUAUGGACCAUGGAUAUCUUUGAGGCUUUUGCCAAUUACUGGUGUGAUGCAAUAAUAACCAGUUUCAGAUAUUAAUGUGCGUCCAGGUAUUGCAAGAUUACUGGUUUUUUGACCAACCUUGUCAGGAGGUUGUUCAAUAAGACCUUUUCUGUUUGUGAAAGUGGGAGGUGUCGUGCUCUGGACGAAUGUUGAGCUUUGUCGUAUCUACUGACAUCAGAAAUGAGAUUGUGAGUGACGUAGUAUCUGAUCUUGGAAUUUCUUGUAACAUAUUUUGUGCCUCUGCUUCACUAACGUGAUCGUAUGGUUUCCCUUCCAGGUGUGGCCUGCGAACAACACGUGGAAUCAGCCUCAGUGGAAUUAUCAAGGUGCAAGCACUGGUUCAGAGGAGGAGGACUGGGCAGCCAAAGCAAGAGCCUGGGCCACAGCUAAAGCUGCACAAGAGGCAGCUCAUCAAGCUCAGUUACAAGCUCAAGCUCAAGCUCAAGCACAGGUCCAGGCGCAAGCCCAGCCAGUCCUGUCGCAGCCUGAGCAAAGUUAUCAGGAAUAUCCUCAACAGCCUCCUCAAGCUGCUCAGCGCCCACCCGAGGCUGUCCGACCCCCAACUCUACAACCCCCCGGUCAAGAAGCUUCUCAUAGCUUCUCGCAUGAUGCUGCCACAAAUUUCGGGCAAGAGACACACAGUUUUCCUCAAGAAACGACGGCGGCUUAUGGACAGGGAGACCCUCCUCCAAGCUUUACUCAAGAAGGAGCGCCAUCGACUUACUCCCAAGCAGGCCAUGCACAGGUUGUUCCUAGCAGCUAUCCACAGGAUGUGUCGUCAAGUUAUGGCCAGGAUACUGCACAUGCAGCGCCCCCAGGGACAGAGCAGCACGAACAGUCCAAUCUGCAGCUCUCUCGUCCUCCACCUGCCCCCGUCUUGCAACAGCAGCAGUCACAAUCAUCCCCGUUGCCAGUUCAAGUUCCAUCAUUGCCUCAACCCCAGCAGUUCUCCUAUCAAGAUUCUGCCCCACCUCCUCCUUUUGAUUUCCACCAGCAGCAGCAGUUUGACUUUCAGCAACCUCCGUCUCAAGACUAUCAGCAGCCGCCCUCAACACCAUACAUACCUCCUGCUCCGUCUAUGCCCUCCUUAGGGAUGGACGGCACUGAUGUGAGUUUUGGUGGUCUUCAGAGUGGGAUGCCCGUGUGGCCACCUCUGGGUGCGCCAGGCAUAUCUUUUCCUCCAGGAUUAGGACCUGGCGGUCCUGGUAGUCACCCUGGACCACAGUUCGAUCACCCUCACCAUAGUCAUCCACACCUCCAGACUCAUCCCAUGCAUGGUCAUCAACCACUAAACAUGUUUCCUAGAUCUCAUGGGCCGCCACGUGGGCCAGGUUUCCGCCCAGCCGGACCUCCUCUAGGUGGUCCAUUUGGGUUUGGAAGUAGCCCUUCUUUAGGGCAAGGCCCAGGUGCAGGGGUUGGGCCUGUUUUCUUGCCUGACAGCAAUGGAAAUAUGGGUGCUCCUGACCGUCCAAAGAAGGCACCCGUUCCUUCGUGGUUGCGUGAAGAAUUACUCAAAAAGAAACCUGCUGUCGGCCCGAGCAGUUCGACUGUUGUUUCUUUGACAGAAGACUUUGUUCGGGCAAAUGGAAGUGAAUCCGCCGCAGGUUCGGCACACAAGGUGGGAACAGCUGAGAGGACGAGAAGUGAUUCUUCUGGACCAAGUGACAAUGACGAAGAUGACGAGGAUGAGGCUGAGGCAGCAAGGACAGCUCAAAUGAACCAGGAGAUUAAGCGUGUCCUGACCGAGGUGCUUUUGAAGGUUACUGACGAUUUAUUUGACGAGAUAGCGCAAGAAAUUUUCGAUGAAGAUGAGCAAGUUGAAGAAGGACAAAGUCAGAAACCCCUACCAAUGGAGACUGAUAAGAGAGUGAUCCUUCGGUCCAACUCCUCCCCAUCCCCCCCUGCCGCGCCGAGUCUCGUCGCGCCUGCAAGGGUACUGGUCGCCCCAGCAAAUCGCACUAGAGCACCUAGUGAAGAUGAUAGUGAAAGCAUAAGCUCUGGCGCUCCUCUGGGUAAUGUUCUUGGUCUUGCUAGCUACGCCUCAGAUGAUGAAGGCGGAGAACGUGCACUUAAACCAUACUCCAAUUCUGUACAUCCAGACGUCAGUGAUGAUCCACAGAAUCAAAGAGGGAAGACCGAAGAGAAGAGAAGUGAGAGAAAAGGUGCUAAAGUACCUGAGGACGAUGAUACUUUCGAGGAAAGAAAGGGCAGAGAAGUGGAAAUUAUUUUGCCUGUGAACUCCGAACGAAAGGAGAAGAAAGAGAAGGAAGUAGUUGCAAGAGAAAAGGAAAAAAGAGAUGGCGAAAGCGACAAGAAAGACAGGGAGAAGGAGAGGAAGGAUAAGAAAAGCAAGGAGGUGGAUCGCGAGAGGGACAAGAAAGAAGCGGAUAGCAACAAGAAGGAGAGGGAGAAGGAAAGAUCUAGGGAUAGAGACGGGCGAUUGCGAGAUAAAGCGGUAGAUAGCGAGGAGAAGAAAAAGGAGAUGAGAUCAGAGUCCAAAGGUAGGAAGCGCUCUAAUGAAGAUAGCAACAGUAGUGACCAGGAUGCCAGAAGUCCUAGAAGAGCCCGACACUGGGAAACCGAACGAACGACUACGAACUUCUCAGAUCACGUAGGUAGAGACAAGAUUGACUCGGAGGUAUCUGGGCGGCCUUUCAAAAGUGGAACUUCACGGAGCCAAAUUGGUCUGAAAGAAGACAGGCACGGUAAUUCAAAUUCUCGAGUGAAAGCAACCGAAGCUCAUGUGGAUGUGGAACGCGAAGAUCGCAGUUCUAGUGGUGGGCAGGUGCAAGGAAUGAUUGCAACGAAGGACUAUAACAAAGCCGAGUUGAAGCAUGAGAGACACGUAAAAGAUACCAAACUUCAGUCAAAUGAUGGAACAGGUGGUACGAUAUCUGGUGGAAUCAAAGCACGUGUGGAAGUUAGUGAAACUGUAGCGAAGAAGGUCGAAGACGGUAACAAGGAUCAUGAGCGCUCUAAGCAUCGGAGUCGCGAUGGAGAUAGAGAGGUAGAUGGGAAGUCGGAACGGAGUAGAGAAAAGGCUCGAGACAAAGACCGCGAAAGAGACACAGACAAGAUUUAUGGCAAGGACAAGACUCGAGAGUCAGAGCGUGGAACAGACCGAGAGAAAUCUAAGGUUGAAAGGGGCAAAGAUCGUGGCAGAACCCAUGAGAGGGAAAGAAGAAAAGGGGAAAAGGAUCGCACCGAAAGAGGCCGAGAAAAGCGAAAGGACUCUAGGGAUUCUAAAAGGAAUAAGCACAGGUCUUCCUCAGGAAGUAGUAGGGGAAGAAGUCCCUCCUCCAGCCAUGAAAGCAGUUCUGGUGACGAUAGGAGCAAGAGUCCAAAGCAGAGGAGGCUUGGCAGAUCCAACAGGCGGCUCAGUGUGUCUCGAUCACCUGUGAGAUUUAGAAGAAGACGAUCCUCGCGCUCUCGUUCACGGUCUCCUCCUAGCAAGUAUUCUCAUCGCAGGCAUUCCCCUUCUCCUUCUCGUGAAAGCGAUAGGCAUAGAUGAUACUCUCCGGAGAAACAACUGAAAGACAACCUGCGACAGAGAGGAUCGUGUCUAUACCAUUGCGGAUCGGCAGUUUUGACAGCAGCAGUCAAGUUACAUGUAAUAUGAAAGCGAAACCACUCCCAGUUUACCACGGCAGGCACCCAUUUGCUCUUUGGUUUAAAUGGUCUCUGCUUGAUGUCAAGAUCCAGAUCCUGCGGACAAUAAAACAGUUGUGUUAUGUCUGCCACGAUGUCAAUCAAGAGCUGCCUGGCUAGGUCUUUAUCAUCUAGUAGUUACACAUUUUCAUGGUCAGAAAAUACAGGCAGAUGGAAGGGUUGGAAUAUUUUGUCAGCAGUUUCAAGUAGGUAAGUUGGGCCGUCCCUUGUAAGUUAAUGGUUCUUUGGGACCAAUCAGUAUGUUAAUAUCAGAGCGUUUGCCAGAUGCUGUGUAAAUUGUUACAUUUUACUUGAGUCCCCGCGUCGUUCGUUCUGCUG